AUGACAGCCGGGACCGUGGUCAUCAGGGGCAUCUUUGCGACGGUGAUCCUGCUCUGCUUUAUCGCUGUUCUGUGCUACUGUCGGCUCCAGUACUACUGCUGUAAGAAGGAAGGCUCCGAGGAGGAUGAAGAGGAGCCGGACUUCGCCGUGCACGCGCACCUGCCCCCGCUGCACUCCAACCGCAACAUGGUGCUGACCAAUGAGCCUGGGCUCUACCCGGCCACCUCCACCUCCUUCAGCCAGCAGUCCCCGCAGGCCCAGGCCCUGUGCUGCAGCUGCUCCCACCACGAGCCGCCCACGUUCUUCCUGCAGGAAUUGGAGGACAAGGACCUGCGCAACAGUGGCGAGCGCGUGGCCUCCGCCAGCUUCAGCCAGGAGGACCUGGAGCUGUCCCCCAACAGGGGUUUCGGGGGACUGCAAGCGCUCAACCCCAGCCGUCUCUGGGCCAUGCGGGAGGCCUUCGCCCGCAGCCGCAGCGUCAGCGCCGACGUGUGACCGUGCCCCCCGCCAUGGCGCGCCACCCCGGUCCCCCUGUCCUGGGGACACCCCAGGCCCUGCAGAGCCCCUGGGCUGGGUGCAGGGGUGAGACUCAGUGAACACAGGUGUAGCCAUGGGUAGCAGGGAGACCUAAUGCAGCGACAGGGUCGGGGCCAUGGAGUGGGUCCGUCAGGCACACGGCCGCUGGUGGCCUCCAGCUCAGCCCGACAACGUGGCCGUGUGUGUGGCCACCCCGCCCAGCCUGGACCUCACAUGUUCCAGGAAGGGGCGGCCUCAGCCUUCCCUGCCACUGACGACCAGCUGCUGUCCAUAGGGGCCCCCUCUCGCUCUCACGUGCGCACACACACGCAUGAACAUGCCCACGCAUGCACACACACGUGCCCAGCACCUGCCUGCUUCCCUCCUACAAGGGGGCUUCCCGGGCAGCCUACUCCUUGAGAGUUCACCCCAACCCACAUUCUGGUCAAGGGAGGCCUGGGCAGGGUUGGGGGGCUGCUGCUCUGGGGGUACCGGCCCCAAGACCCCAGCCCGGCCCUCAGCUCUCCACACAGCACGCGAGCCAAAACCCGGAGGGCAGCAUGAGGUGUGGCAGGGUGGGCAGAGCUGGGCCAGGGCUCGAGAGAGCCCUCCACCCAUGCCCACCAAGAGGCGGGGCCUCCCGGGAUGCAGUCAGAGUCCUGAGUGCUGAGGGGCGCUGGGUCUCGGCGGGAUUCUGGGUCCUGAGGGAGAUGGCUGCAGGGCGCGCUGUCUUGUCCCAUCCCCAGCAGUGUCCCUGUGGAGGCUCCUGUGUGGAGCCGCCCUCUAAGCCCGCACUCCAUCCAGCCCUGAUUCAGGCUGGGGGCUCCCUGCUCCCUUCCAUCAGCGGCAGAAAUGACACCACUGGCUCCCUCAGGGCACCAGCCCCCACCCCCAGCUGAGGGAGGCCCAGGAACCCCUCCGUCUGACAAGGGCUGUGGCCAAUCGAGAGUGAGACUCAUCUCCCACCGUGAGCUCCCAGAGCCUCCUGCA